GGCAGUUUCAGCGAUCGUGUGUGCACCGUGUGUGGUUGUGUGAAAUUUCGACUCUCCUGUUAAUUCUUCGUAGUCGCCGCUGGAUCCUUGCUGUGCCCUGUGUUGAUGUGACGCCCUGUGCUGCACUAAUAUGAGCGAGAGAAACUUCCUAGAUGUUCCUGAGGACAGCGAAGCAUCUUACGAGUCGCUCUUUCGUCAGGUAAACGCGACGGCAGGCCGCCAGUGUUAUUCCAAAGCGAUUCUUUUCUGGUUGGAAGAGGGUUUCCGAUUGUCAAGCAUCGUAUCAUAUCUUUAACAGUGGCGAGUUUGAAGUUUAAUCAGUUGUUGGCCUUUUAACAGCACCGUCGGACCGGCGAUUACUCGUGUGCCAGCACCGUGCACGACAGUUCCUAAGCUCGGAGACGCGCAACAAGGAAAGCAUGCCUAAUAGAUUGAGGUUGCUGAAAAUCGGUAGAGCUUAUGAAAACUGAUGUCUCAGUGUCGGCUCUGUCUUAUUGUCACAGUUUGUAACAGGUGCGGCAAACGUGUGGUUCGGUUGUGCACUCUGGCGUAGGUUGUCUAUGCCGAAACUGACAUCAAUCAUUCCAAGUGCGCUGCACUUAAGGAGACGGGGCUGGCGUAUGCUUUGAUCUUAUGCUGUCGUCGUCACUUGGCGUUGUGCAGGCAAAACCAUGUAUCGCCUGAGCGUGCUCGCGACCAAGAGAACUCGUCUUCGAACGCGUUGAUGAUUGUAUUAACACAGGCAAAACCGCAUAUAUUCCAUUUGUAUCAUAUUGACCGCGCUACUUCCUCUUGUUCUUCGAGCGCCUCGGUGAUGAUAUUAACUGCGCAACACUGUAGGUGUCCGGACUGGCGCAGCGAUGACAAUGAAAUCUGCAAAGGUGCGAUCAGAGCUAGCUCUGUCAUGUGCUGAAUUAAAGGACCUGGCAAUACAGGACUUAGUACCGAGGAAACGACUUCACACGUUCAGAAGCACGCGUCCCCGUUAUGGACGCUGAAGAGCUCGCGCGUGCAGAGCGGCGACGUGCGCUCGCCCGCGAGCGCCAGCGUCGCCGGAGGGCAAACGCGGAGGUACGUGCAGCUGAAGCCCAAGCGAAGCGCCAGCGCCGGGAGCAAAACCCCGAGCUUCGCCAAAGAGAGGCGGAGGCCCAGCGACUGCGCAGUGCGGCGAAUCCGCAUCACCGAGCCCAGCAGGCACAAGCCGCUCGCCGGCGAAGAGAAGCGAACCCCGAGCUCCGAGUCAAGCAGGCAAUAGCAGCUCGCAAACGACGGGAAGCCAACCCGGAUCUCAGAGUCCGACAGGCAAUAGCUGCUCGCCAACGCAGAGAAGCGAACCCCGAGCUCAGAGUACAGCAGUCAAUAGCCGCCCGCCGUCGAAGGGAAGCCCAUCCCGAGCUCCGAGUCAAGCAGGCAAUCGCUGCUCGCCGACGGAGAGAAGCGAACCCGGAGAUCAGAGUUCAGGAGGCAAUAGCAGCUCGCCGGCGAAGAGAAGCCAAACUUCAGCUCCAACUCCAAGAGGCAAUAGCUGCUUGCCAGCGAAGAGAAGGGAAUCCUGAGGUUGGUCAACACAAAGCGCAAGCGAGCUGCCAGGAAGGAGAACUUCUGGAGUCUGGAGGGGAAGGUACAAGUCGCGAGCGUGACUUCGUCGUCCAUACCUUUGGCCUAAGCUGCAAGGCUGAUGAAGAGUUCCGACAGUUCGUGAAGACUCUGUCCGAUGAACCCGGUGCUCCCAAGCUCAAGUCCAAGACUAUCAAGCCAUCGCCGGGGUUCUGCGUCAAGACUAAGGACUCAUCUAAUGGCAGCAAGCUCUUCAUUAACGUCUGCCACACUUCUGAGCUUCCCGAACCGCAGGACAUCAGCGACGAAGAGCUCAUGCACAUCCUCAGCUCGGACGAUCCUACUACGUACCGAGUGCCCUUGAGCUUAGGCCUACCGCACGAGGAAGUUGACAAGAGUGGAGCACCAUGCACAGCGUACGAUGUGAUCAUCAACGAAGCCUUCUUCCGUAAGAUCAGCUCCAAUGAGCUUUUCAAGACCUUUCUCAUCACAGUGGCACUGGAUGGCAUUGAGGAGAAGUACAAGGCCCACCCUGAACGAGAGAGCUAUGUGGUGCUGAAGAACAAGCUCUACAUGGGCACCAUGCCAGACCACUCCAUACAGGACAGGAAAGGACCACUCAUCUCGGAGCUGCCCACGGGCCAGAAUCAACCCACCAGCAGCAGCGGUGGAGGUGAAGGUGAUGGCGAUGAGAGUGUAUCCAACAGCGGUAGUGAUGACAGCAGCGCUCUCUCGUACCGAGGGUCGGCGAAAGUGGACCUGACGCGGCAUACCCUGCCCGGACAACGCGACACGCUUGUUGCCAGGUUUUCCCUGCCUGCUGUGAAAUCAGGUUCAUCACUGGCACUUGACAUGGCGGACGACCACGUGCGGCUUACAAGUGAAGAGCCAAAGUAUACGUUUGACUUCUACCUUCCCUUCUCCGUUGAUGAAGGUGCCACAGUUGCAGAAUUCAACACUAAGCAUCAGGUACUCACAGUCACUGUGCCCAUUCUGCCUGACGAGUCCUGAUUAUUUCAUUAUCAGCAGUUGAAGUUUAUAUGUUGAUGGAAAAACUGUACUGAUUGUGAAAGUGCACCCAAAUAAAUUGUUGUUGAUUUUCUAUUGCUA